AAGAAAAGAAGAAGUGUGUGUCAUUGACGCCUGAUCACAGGAUCUAUCAUGCGGUUCCGGUUCUGUGGAGAUCUGGACUGUCCAGACUGGGUUUUAGCUGAAAUCAGCACAUUAGCACGAAUAUCCAGCAUCAAGAUGAAACUGCUUUGUGUGCAAGUCAUAAGAGACCUCCUCGAUGAAGGCAUUGAUUAUGACAAAGUCACAAAACUGACCUCUGAUGCAAAAUUUGAAAGUGGCGAUGUUAAAGCAACAGUUGCAGUGCUGAGCUUUAUUUUAUCCAGUGCUGCAAAGCAUAAUGUUGAUGGUGAAUCUCUGUCCAGUGAACUUCAGCAGCUAGGCUUGCCCAAAGAGCACACAACUGGACUGUGUAAAUCGUAUGAAGACAAGCGCAUGGCCCUGCAGGAGAAGCUUAAGGAGAGCAGUCUACGUUUGGGCCGACUGGAGGCGGUAAACUGGAGAGUGGACUACACUCUUAGCUCUAGUGAACUUAUGGAGGUGAAUGAACCCACAGUGCAGCUGAGGCUUCAGUCCCAAAACCCUGAGUCUGGCUCCACUGAAUCCACAACAGUAUCUGUCACUGCUGACAAGUUCAGAGUGCUGUUAGCAGAAUUGAAACAAGCUCAAGUCAUGAUGAAUGCACUGCAGUGAUUUCCCAGUAUGUUUAUUUUUGUAAAUUAUUAUUUUUAUUAUUAUCUUACACUUACAUAAUCAAGCUGACACAAAAACAAGUAGCAUUUUAUCUGUUGAUUGCUAUCUGUUGUAAGAUGACUGUAUCUUGUCAUUACACAGAGCUACACUAAGUUUGUGUAGAACAAAGGAAGUAAUUUUGUGAAUAGAAACGUUUGCUUCAUCUAAACAUUAAAAUUAUGGAAUUAAAGAAUGAUGAAAAUGUACACAUACAUCAAUUGCAUUGAAUUGUACACAGUUGUGAACUAAUUAGAACUAGCUUAAUUA